AUGAUUGGUGCAUAUUUAUACUUCAAGACGGUAAAGGCUGGGUGGCAGUUUGCAAAGGUGGUGCAGGUGACUCCGGAACCGAGGUGGGAAGAAGGCAUCAAGCAUACUAUCAAGCUGGUGGACAUCGGCAAAAACAUCAAUGUGGCACUUCUGGAGAAGAAUCUGACGACGGACAACCUGGUACAAGAUCCAGGAACGUGGUGCUGGCAUGCACACAGAACGGCGAAAAGUGUCAAGAAGUACAUGUUUGAGUUGGAGGAUAAUUAACUGGUUGCAUUUUGAAGUGCGUAGGACUGCGGAAAAGUGUGCCAAGUGGUGCAGUCGAAUACGGGUCAAAAUUCAUGUUUGUUUAUGUGUUUUUGAAGUGCGUAGGACUGCGGAAAAGCGUGCCAAGUGGUGCAAUCGAAUACGGGUCAAAAUUAAUGUGUUUGGGCAAUUGUUGUUUUGGCUAAAGAAUGUACCUUGUGAUGGAGCCGUAUUGCAGUGGUACCACGGUCGUGACGAAAUUGAGGUGUGUGUAUUACAUGAGUUGGUUCUGGUGGUUACUGUUCAAACUUGUUGCAAGAGAGUGAUAUUGGUUGUAGGUCAAGCAUUGCACGUUGUGGUCAAGUGUUAAUUCAAACGAGACUGAUCGCAGAUAAGUAUGCGUUGAACCUGGGGAGGGCGAAUGUCGUGCAAUAAGUCAACCCUAGUUUUGGUCGGUGUAAGAAGACUUGGGGUAGUUUAAUCGCAGUAUAUAUAAUAAAGGCGUGAUGGAAGGAAGGUCAAGAAAGAGUAUGAGGUGGAGACUAGAAUUGAGAAGGUGUUGGUUUAUGGUUGGAAUGAUGAGCUUAUGAGGGAAUUGCAGUUAGUUGAGAGAGAGAGAGAGAGUUGGAGAGAAAGUGAAGCGGCGCAAUUAGGUAGAUACAGAGGAAGCGGCGCAAUUAGCUCGUGUCAGCUGAUGUCGCGUGCCCCCCCUGUUUCAGUGUUCAAUUUCCCUGCUGUUCCCAGCCCACGAAGGCCUAAGAAACACACUUUGAUCGCAAGCAACAUCGAGACGCGCAAACCCACGACCCCACUGGCACAUCUACACAUAUAUCUACGCGCGAUAGGCCAUCGCCGGCCGAUUCCACGUCAAUAGUUCUUUGGGAUUGCUAGUGAAAUUGGAUGUUUUUGCGAUGGUAGGGGCGCGGGCACGAAGUAGAGUUCAACCCGCCCAGGAAGUGCAUACAGUAGUAGGACGUUCCUAGCUCGUAGUGGUAGUUUGGUGUGAGUGUUUACUUCGUUUUUGGUUUCAUCUGCGUUUAGAAUUGUUGAGUGGAGGAUGCCGUUUGCCGAUUUCCCGAUCUUGAUUCUCCAGAACGAAAAGAAGAGAACAAAGAGUACAAAUGCCACAAUUUUGAACAUCGUCAUGGUGCCAAGGGCAGCAGUAGCAGUGGACCACGCGAUUCAAGCCCCCACAGAACCCGGAAUUUCCAGCACAAGAUGCUGGUGAAAGGGUAUCACUACCGCCAAAAAACCUCACCGCACAUAUCGGCGUCUCCGCACACUGUGCGGAGACAACGAUACCUGUGCGAUAAUCUAGCAAAUCAUUCGGAACCCGCUUUUUUUCCGCACACCCUGCGCCAAGACC